GGCAGAGACCAGAAGGCCAGCAUUCCCCGGGAGAGAAACCCCCAGCCCAGCCCAACCCACGAAGUGGUCGCACUCCCUGGUACCGCUCCGUUCACCACCCCAGGCGGGGCCCUUCCUUGACCCACAUCUGAGUCAGGGGUGACCUGCAAAUGACAGAGGUCACGCUGGCCCUGGCCAUGCUGCCCGGGGGCUGAAAUGGCAGAGAGUGCUGGCCCCUGGUUCCUUUCUUUAUUGGGAAGGUGGAGAGACAGAAGCGUCCAUCCCGUGUCCACUGGUUCACUCCCCAAAUGCCCGCAACAGGCAGGGCCGGGCCACCCCAAACCCAGGAGCCGGGAGCUCCUCUCCAACUCCCUCGCAGGUGGCAGGGGCCGCUGCCUCCGAGGGUGUGCUUCAGCAGGGAGCUGGAAGUGAGCAGAGCCCCGAAUUAGCUUAACCGAUCGGGUGUUUGAAGUGAGGCUCAGAGGCUAGGGGAGUGGUCAGCGUGGGGCCCUGCCCGUGGUCCCAGUGGUACAGGGGUGCCCGGGCCGCUGGGUAAAAGCGGCGCGCCGUGGGUUGAGCUGCAGCCCCAACCUAGGAAACUUCUACCUCACCCUCCCCUACCCCCCCCCCACCAGGUCAGCCCCGGCCUCUGCCUGCUCUUUCCACUGUCCCUGGAGGCCAUGGUGGCCGCGGUGGUGGCAGGUGUGUGCCCACAUCCACCCCCGGGGGAAAAGCAAAUGCCACCGCUUGGGAUAUGACUCAGGCCCGCCUCAGCCCCAAGGAGAGCCCCUGCCAGCCGGAGAGGCGUGCAAGGAAGCAGGAACCAGGGGCACCCUGAAGCGCAAAGUUUUCUAGUGAGACAGACAGGUGGAUCCUGUGCGCGCUCAGAGGAGACCCUUGGGCCAACCUGGUUGUGGGGAGGGAGGGUCAUAGUCAGGGAAGGCUUCCUGGAAGAAACAACCCCCAGAUAAGUUUUUUCAUUUUUAUUUUAUUUUUUAAAGAUAUAUUUAUUUGAAAGGUAGAGUUAAAAAGAGGCAGAGAGAGAGGUCUUCCAUCUGCUGGUUCAGUCCCCAAAUGGCUGCAACAGCUGGAGCUGGACCAGUCAGAAACUUCUUCUGGGUCUCUGACGUGGGUGCAGGGGCCCAAGUACUUGGGCCGUCUUCUACUGCUUUCCCAGGUGCAUUAGCAGGGGGCUGGAUUGGAAGUGGAGCAGCCGGGAUUUGAACCUGAGCCCGUAGGGGAUGCCGGCACUGCAUGCGGCAGCUUUACCCGCUGUGCCACAGCGCCGGCCCCCGGAUAAAUUACCAAAGGGUGGGUGGAGUUAGCCAGGUGCAGAAACCGGGAUGAACAGUGCAGGAAGACGGGCCAGGCUGCCCCCGCCUCAUGGAUGGGCUCUGAACACGGCCACCAGCGCCCCCCUGCCCCGCCAGCUGUCUCCCCACACCCCCCCCCCGCUGCCAGUCGGUGACCGAGGCUGCCUGAGGACAGGGGGAAUCCCCAUGGUGCCCUCCGGCCCAGAGGCGCCCGCCAGGAUCUCACCGAAGUGGGGCAGCUAUUUUUACCUGGCGUUUAAUUACAGGGUUUGGAUCCCAGGAGCUGGCAGGGUGGGGCAUUCCGGGAAACCGGAGGCUCCUGGGAGGGCAGGGGAGGGCUCCGCAGGGCGGGGCCACGUCACACACACCCCCACUUUCCCUCCUUGGGUCCUUUGCACCCUGGCCUGGAGGGGCCGCAUGCUCACAUCAGACUAGGCCCCCAGGUGGCUAGGGGUCGCACACACCGUGCAGGUGGGUGAUCCAGAGUGGCGCCAGCUGGGAUCCUGCACCCGGACUGCUUCCAGACGGCGGGCUCGGGACGGGAACUCCUCUUAAAGCCGCAGGGGGCUGCGAUGGGACGGGAGCCAUGAAUGGCGCCGGCCCCGGCCCGGCUCCGGUCCCGGACUGGCGGGAGUUCUGCGAGCUGCACGCCCAGGUGGCCGCCGUGGACUUCGCGCACAAGUUCUGCCGCUUCCUGCAGGACCACCCGGCCUACGACACGCCCGACGCCGGCGCCUCCUUCUCCCGCCACUUCGCCGCCAACUUCCUGGACGCCUUCGGCGAGGAGGUGCGCCGCGUGCUGGUGGCCGGGCCGGCGGCAGCGCGGGGCGCGGCUGAGCGCGCCGCCGCCAUGGAGCCGGGGCCGGCGGGGACCCCGGCCAUCAAGGCGGCCGCUCACGGCCACUCGCGCAGCUCCGAGGACGUCUCCACGCACGCGGCGGCCAAGGCGCGCGUCCGCAAGGGCUUCUCGCUGCGCAACAUGAGCCUGUGUGUGGUGGACGGCGUGCGCGACAUGUGGCACCGGCGCGCGUCGCCGGAACCGGACGCCGCCCCGCGCGCCUCCGCCGAGCCCCAGGCCGAGCCGCGCGACAAGUGGACGCGGCGCCUGCGGCUGUCGCGGACGCUGGCGGCCAAGGUGGAGUUGGUGGACAUUCAGCGCGAGGGCGCGCUGCGCUUCAUGGUGGCCGACGACGCGGCCGCGGGCCCCGGCGGCGCUGGCCAGUGGCAGAAGUGCCGCCUGCUGCUGCGUAGGGCCGUGGCCGGCGAGCGCUUCCGCCUCGAGUUCUUCGUGCCGCCCAAGGCCUCCAGGCCCAAGGUCAGCAUCCCCCUGUCGGCCGUCCUGGAGGUCCGCACCACCAUGCCCCUGGAGAUGCCAGAGAAGGACAACACGUUCGUGCUCAAGGUGGAGAACGGAGCAGAGUACAUCCUGGAGACCAUCGACUCCCUGCAGAAGCACUCGUGGGUGGCGGACAUCCAGGGCUGUGUGGACCCCGUGGACAGCGAGGAAGACACAGAACUGGCCUGCGCCCGGGGAGGCUGUGUGGCCAGCCGCGUGGCCUCCUGCAGCUGUGAGCUCCUGACCGACGUAGCGGACCUGCCCCGGCCCCCAGAGACAGCGGCACCUGCCGUGGUGACAGCGCCACACAGCCGAGCUCGAGAUGGCCUGGGAGAGUCCCUGGGCCACGUCCCACUGGAGACGUUCCUGCAGACCCUGGAGCCUCCUGGAGGCGGCGACGGUGACAGCGGUAACACAGGGGAGGAGGGAGCAGAGCCGGACCCCGAGGCCGAACCCCAGCUGGAGCUCUCUGACUACCCCUGGUUCCACGGGACACUGUCUCGGGUGAAGGCCGCUCAGCUGGUACUGGCGGGCGGGCCCCGGAGCCACGGCCUCUUCGUGAUCCGCCAAAGCGAGACGCGGCCCGGGGAGUACGUCCUCACCUUCAACUUCCAGGGCAAGGCCAAGCACCUGCGCCUGUCCCUGAACGGCCACGGCCAAUGCCACGUGCAACACCUGUGGUUCCAGUCCGUGCUAGACAUGCUCCGGCACUUCCACACCCACCCUAUCCCGCUGGAGUCCGGGGGCUCCGCCGACAUUACCCUGCGCAGCUACGUGCGGGCCCAGGGCCCCCAGGCACCCGAGCCGGGGCCCUCACCCAGCGCCGCGCCCGCACCCACACCCACACCCGCACCGGCACCCGCACCUGCGCCCGCACCGCCUUCCUGCUGGGCCGAGCCCGGUGGCCCGCACUACUUCUCCAGCCUGGCCGCCUGCCCGCCCACCUCGCCCUCGGACGCACCAGGCAGCGGCUCCUCCCCGUCGUCCGCCGCCUCGGCGCCCGCACCUGCGCGCCCCGCCGCCGAGGGCUCGCUCAGCGCGCGCAGCCGCAGCAACAGCGCCGAGCGCCUGCUGGAGGCGGCGGGGGGCGCGGCCGAGGAGCCCGCGGAGCCCACGCCGGGCCGCGCGCGCGCCGUGGAGAACCAGUACUCGUUCUACUAAGCGCCGAGGCCCCGGGGCCGCCGCCGAGUGGGACAGCGAAGCUCUUCAGUGAAGACAUGCCCGUUAUUAAAGAGCCUGU